AUGUCCAUUUCGCUUGGAACCAUUACGGUGCUAUUGGUUCUGAUCCGCGUCGCCUUCAAACAGUUCUUUAGCACAGCACAAUCGCUCGGCCCGGACGACAAGGUCAUUCUCGGAACUCUAGCGCUUCGGAUAUCGUGCACGAUCAUCAACGUGCAAGGUCUUGCUGCCCACGGGCUAGGCAAGGACGUAUGGACCAUGGAUCCAUCGGAGCUGACGACAUUCGUCAAGUUCCUCUACGUCAUGGAAAUCCUCUACCUUGCAGAGCUCUCCCUGAUCAAGCUCAGCCUGUCGCUCUUCUAUCUAUUCAUAUUUCCGGGGGCUAUAAUCCGACGACUGCUAUGGGGUACGGCCAUUUUCAACAUACUCUUCGGCGUCGCUUUCGUCGUAACGGCUGUUUUUCAGUGCAGCCCAAUUAGCUACUAUUGGACCCAAUACGUGGAGCACUCCGGUGGUAAUUGUGUGAACAUCAACGUCUUUGGGUGGGCGAAUGCAGCGAUCAGCGUUGCUGCGGAUAUAUGGUUGAUUGCUUUGCCUCUCAGUCAAGUACGCGCACUCAACUUGCAUUGGAAGAAGAAGCUUGGGGUCACAGUUAUGUUUCUCACAGGAGCAUUUGUGACAAUCGUUUCGAUCCUACGCCUGCGUUCACUCAUCUUCUUCGCAAACUCUAGCAAUCCGACAUGGGAUCAGUGGAGCAUUGCGUAUUGGUCCACAAUUGAAGUCAAUGUCGGGAUGAUUUGCACGUGCUUGCCUAGUUUGCGGCUGAUUCUACUGCGGCUAUUCCCUCAACUAGGAUCCGGCUCCAGGAGCGGAAGGUCGUAUGGAGUUCAGUCUCAGGCGCAAACCAACGCCAGCAAGAGGCUGUCAAACAAGGAGCAGCACCAUCUCUCAGAUUUGGAAUCCAGUAAGGGACAUCCGUGGCAGAGAAUUGACACGGAAUCGAUAUCUUAG